AUGAACUCAGCACUAGCACGAGUCCUUAACACAAUUCUCGGGGACUGAGUUGAAAAUCUAAACUCAGACCAGCUUAAUCUUUCUUUAUUCUCAGGUCAGAUCCUUCUUGAAAACUUAUCCCUCAAACAAGACGCUUUUAAAAACCUUGGUUUCCCAUUUCAAAUUACCUCAGGAUUUUUCGGAAAACUAUUUGUAAAAAUUCCCUGGACUUCUCUUAAAUCCAGUCCUGUGCAAGUAGAAAUAGAAGACGUUUUUGCUUUAAUUAAGCCUCGUCCCUCUAGUGACUGAAAUGAAGCAUUAGAACUGCAAAAUAUUAUGCGGUCAAAACAGCUGAUACUGGAUAAUUUUGAAGCAAUGAACCCUGAUAAAAAUUAUUCUUUUUUUAUAUGAUAAUUUAUUAGCACAUUUUUAGAGGAAAUUAUUUGCAGUCUUUUGAGGAAAGUAUAUCUUAAGACUGAUGAAGGCUGAAUAGACAAGCUAGUGUACUCAAUAAUUAUCAAUAUACAAGUUAGCAUAAAAAAUCUGUAUAUAAGAUUUGAAGACUCUGUCAGUUCGUUUGAACCGUUUGCCUUUGGGUUUAUUCUUAAUGAACUGACAGCUAUUUCUUGUAACCAAAACUGGGAGCCUGCAUUUUUGACUGACCGUAAAGCGUCAUUUAAAUUGGUUUCUGUUAAAGGCUUGUCAGUAUUUUUUGAUUUUGAGUCAGGAAUUUUAAAUUGUUCAGAACAAGAAAAAUCAUUGGAAAAAUUCGCAAGAGACGAGCUUUCGUAUAGUAUUCCUCACAAGUUUCUGAUAGAUCCGAUAAAUACUAAAAUAGAACUAAUUUUUGGCUUGGACUCAGAAAAUCAUGAAAGUCCGUUGUUUUCUUUAUCACUAGAUCAGGAUGAUUUAAAGCUUGGGCUAUAUGGAAAUCAAAUGACUCACUUCUUAUACUUGCAUAAAUACACUAAAAACUAUAAAAAUCCUUACUCCCUCCCCCCCCUCCGUGAGCGAACAAAAAAAUUUUGUUCGCUCACGGAGGGGGGUUAAUUUUUUUUUUAAAAAAAAAUUUAUAUAUAAAUUUUAUAAAAAAUAUUUUUUUCGAAAUUUAAAAAAUCCUAAUUUGCAAAAAUUGGGAAGCAAAUAUUAAUUUAAUUUGCAAAAUUUAUGUUUUAAAACGCAAUUUGUUUUAAAAUUAAACAGAAUUAGCUCUAGAUUUCAUUAUACUAAUUAUCACUUAUAUAUCAAAAUUUUUUUCCAUUAAAAUUUUUUCUAUUAAAAAAAUUUUUGUUCACUCACGGAGGGUGGGUUUUUGGUCAAAAAAUGGCGAUUUUUCUAAUGGUUUUGUUCGCUCACGGAGGGGGGGGGGGGGGAGUUAAUAAAAAUCAAAAAAUUAUUUUUACGAACUGCAUUUAUUUUCUUUAAAUACAUAUAAAACUAAUUGAUUAUAUGCUUCUUUAUGACACUUUUAUUGAUGGAAUUCGCAGCCAUAUAGAAGAAAGAAAAUUCAAAAAAAGUGAAUCAAGGAACUAUAAAGAAACAUAUGCACUUUUUAGGUCAAAAAAUUUUUCCCAAACAAAAACUGAUAAAAAAGAUGCAGAACAAUUAAGAAAAAUAUUAUGUGAUAUGGAAAAAGGAAUUAAAUUAGAAAAUAUUAAAAAGUAUAGGAAAAGGGUUAUACAAGAAAGCGAGUUGGUAAAGCAAGAAGAGGAAAAAAGAAAAGAAAUAAAUGAGCUUGAAAAUGAUAAAAGCUCAUUCGGGUUUUCUACAAUAAAAGGCUGGUUUGGAGCAAAAAAUGAGCCUGAUACCAAGAAAAAAGCGAAAAAAAUUGAAGCUGAAAAAGAGCUGAAAUAUAUUUUAGAACAGAAAAAAAAAUUGAAAAAUGACAAUAAAAAUAAAAAAAUAGUAGAAGAAAGCCCAAGCUGGGUAAAAAUAAUUUUAGUGUUCAGCAUCAGGAGGAUUUCAGCCCAUAUCUCAAAUAAUAACCAGCCACUUAUAUAUGGAGAAAUUGAUGAUUUUAUGGUAAACCUUGGAAUAAGGCCAACAUCUGUGUUUAUUUUUGUAAAAUUUGAUAAUUAUUUAUUGCACGACAAUAUCGCUAAGAGUGUCUGUUACCCUUAUGUGCUACAAGGUGGAGCAGUUUCAAUAGAAAUAGACACAUAUCCAGAAAAAUCAUUAAAAAUAAAAGCAGAAGAAGCUAAAAUCUGAAUAAACGUUGAAAGCCUUUAUACGCUAACUGAAGUUUUUGUAGAAAUUUUUAUUAAAAAAGUUGACAUAUCAAAAUACAAAGAAAAAGCGUCGAAAAUUGUGGCGAAUUUUAUUGAAAAAGGGGAGAAAAUUUUUCAAAAUGCUAUUCAGACAGGCACAAAAAAGAGAAUAGAAAUGGAUAUUAUGAUAAAAGCGCCAUUAAUAAUAAUUCCAAUUGAUUUUCAUUCUUUUGAGCAUCCAGCGCUUUAUAUUGAUUUUGGGACUUUUAAAGUGGUAUCUUUGAAUGCAGAAAUUAAUAAGCAGCAGUAUGAUAAAUAUCAAAUUUCAUCAGAAAAUUCAAGAAUGAGCUCUAAUACUUUAUCUGACCAAAUAAAUGGAAAUAAGAACUGAGAAGUUGAAGGCAUUAUUGAGCCAUUAGCAAUUGAUAUAGUGAUUUUAAUUCCUAAGUCCACAAAUACUAACGAUCCUCGAAUAAAAUUGUCAGUUAUGCUUGAAAAAUUAGAAAUGCAAAUAUCUGAUAAACAGCUCUGCUUAAUUUACCAAAUUCUCGGCAAUUUUAUGAAUUUUGAAAAAUCCUAUAAUAAUUCUCUAAGCCCAAUAGACGACAAUUCUGAAGAAGAAAACGAUUUAAUUGAGCGUCAAGCCUUCAAAGACGUCAUAAAAGAUAUGGAAAACAUCAUAGAAAUGGCAGCUUCAGCCGAUAUAAAAGAAAUAAAUUUCAGAAUUAUCGAGAACUCGCAGAUUUUUACACAAUUUUUUAUUAACGGUAUCCAUUAUGAUAUAAAAACUAACCCAAUAGGAGACGUGAUCACCAAUUUUUAUAUAUCAAAACUGAGUUUAAGAGACAUGAGACCAAACAUAAAAUUCAGAGACGUCAUUUCAAAUCCUUUAUACGAUAUUCUUGAUUGUGAUGAAUUCGCUGAAGAAGCUGAAGAAGUUCCACAAGUAAAAGGAAUGGUCCAUAUAAUCCCAAAAGAAGACAAACUUGAUGUCGGUUUCAGAAUCAAUGAUGUGAGGAUAAUUUUAAGCUCAAGCUAUGUAAUUUUUUUAUACAAUUUUCUUAUGAAAAAUUCUGAAUUAAUGACAAAGCAUUUUGAUGACUCUUUACGCCGUUCUAAAAAUAAAGAAGUUUAUAAGACAAUUACCCAUUUUCAUACUCGUUAUACUUUAUACUGUACUAGAUUAUAUUCCUUUUAUUCUUUUUAUCAUAAAAAUAAUUAUCUUUUAAAUAAAUAAUAAAAAUAUUUUUUUCCAGCGUCGAGCUAUGGCUCCCUCAAAAUAUGUCAAAUUCUAGGUCAUACUUAUUAAAAUGGCGACGGCGAGCCAGCCCUUUUUCUCAACACCUGUACCUGGGGACCUUGUGGAAGGGAAUUUGGCGCUCGGUAUAGGUAUCCGGCUAGGUUUUUCCCUUGGCACAGUGGAGCGCAAUGUCGAAUUUGGUCGACCGCAGUUCACUCUGAUGACAAGGUUUUUACCUCAGGGGAAAUGGAGUCCAAGAUUGGAAAGGAAAAGCUCAGCAGCGCCAAUGAGGUUCCUCUUGGUCCAUCGGGCAACUCUCUAGAGUGGAACUGGGGGUUACGUCCCAGGCUUUGGAUUUUCAUUUUGGCCGUGAGUUCGACCAGAAAAUUUGUUUUUCAAAUUUUCGGAAAGGACAACUCUGUUGGCGUACGGCACGGUGGCGCAACUCAUCCAACUUCGGGUAGCGAGUGCACAUCCUCGUCCAGAAGGAGCAACACUUUAGAAGGCCGUGGUCGGUCGGUGGUGAGCAGCCGAGUGAAGCAAUACGGGUGGAGGUAGGCCUUCGAGGCAUUACAGCGAACUUCUCAAUAUUUAAGUUAAUGUUAAUGUCAAAUUCUAGGUCAAAAAUUGCGAAUAUUUAUUUGACUUUUUCUUCUAUUUAUUCAUCAAGUGUAGAAAUUUAUAGCACUUAUGAUAUCUUGUGAAGGAGGGUAAAAAGAAUUUAUGUAUGGAGAGAUGAUGAAGCAAAUGUAGACUUCAGGCAACUUGGGGUACUUUUAGGGUAUGCUGACAAAACACAGAUGAAACCUGAUAGAAUUACUAGGGAUUUAAUUGCCCCUACAAGAAUGUCAGUACAGUUUAGACUUGAAAAAUCAACUGAAAAAGGGACGCAGCUGCACACUGAUUUUGAGAUAGAGAGCUUGUGUAUUUAUUUUGGUUUUAGAGAGGUACUGUUCUUUACUGAGUGGGUAACCCCUUGACUUGCAAUUGAUUGGGAUUCUUCUAGUUCAGGAAGUCUUGAAGACCCUGACAAGCCAUUCAGAGAAAUUGUGAAUAAUAGUUUUUCCUAUGUAUGCAGUUCAUUGCAAUUAUUUUUGAUUGAAGAUACUAUAUUAUUUAUUUAUAAUAAAUAAUCAUUUUUCCUGUAUAUAACUAUUUUUAUAAAUAAUUAUAUCAAUUUAUAUAUAGAAAACGGGCAUAAUUUAUUACAUGUCCAAUUCAGCAACAUGAUGGCUUGUGGAGAACGAAAAAGUGACCUAAAACUCGAAUUUUCCACAAUAGUCCUUAUAAACUUUUACAACACCCAAAUCGCGUCUUGGGAGCCGCUAGUUGAGGAAUGAAGGUUCGCAAUAAGCAUGAAAAAAGCCAGCAUAAACGUCCCAGUAGAAAUUGAAUUUAUAAGCAAUGAAAUUUUGAAUAUAAAUUUAUCGUCAAGUUUAAUUGACAUUUUUUGCAUCAUUAAGAAAAGAAUAUACGAGAAAGCUGAAGAAUGGGAUAAAGAACAGAUUAUAGAAAGAAAUGAAGAUGAUAAUAAUGGCUAUAUUUAUGAGGUAAAAAAUCUGCUGGGAAAAGAGAUUUGGGUAUGGGUUGAUAUAGCAAUUUUAAUUAAUUUUGAUUUUUUUUAAAAAAUAAUUAUUUAUAUAAAAAUAAAUUUAUUAUGGUAUAUACCAAAAAAUACAGAUGCCUGGAAUAUUAAAAAUGAUGAAAGUAUCACAUUUAGCCAAAAAUACGUUAACCAAGUAUACUCCCAGCUUAAAGGAAACUCUUUAACUGGCACAAUGCUCCAUACAAUACAAACACCUGCCUCAAUCGCUAUAUCAGUUGCUGGGCUUACAACAGCCCAUGGAAUAUUAAUUGAAAAAUUCGGGAUGCAAGCUGUGACCCUCCACAACUCAGAAAAAGAAGUCACUAUCUUAAUAAGAAUCCAAGCAGCUGAAAACAAGCAUGAAAUUAUUAUAGAAAGUGCAUUAAGGGUUAUAAAUAACACAGAUUUCCCUAUCACUUUAAAUAAUUCUGAUCAAUCAAAAACUGUUCCUGAAUUAUCGUCUUGGCCUAUCCCAAUAGACUGGCUGCUCUCUGAAACACGUCCAUACGUUAAUACAAGCUACACCAAAGCGUUUAUUGAUACCCCUACCUAUUUCCGAGCUGAAGAAAAGGCGAAUUUUGUAUUAGAAAUUUAUUCUUAUACGACAGAUUCAGAAGGAAGCUUAACAGUUGUCGAAAUAAACCCUCCUUUAAUAGUCCAAAAUUUAAUGCCAUGCCCUAUAGUCCUUUAUGCAAAUUUUGAUGAAAAUAAAUUUAAUAUCCCAUCAGGCGAAGAAGCAAAAGUUUAUUCAUUAAACCCAUCAAGAGAGCAUCAGUUUAAAUAUGACUUAUUAAUUGAUGAAAAUACAAUUUACACCACAGAAUGGGCUGAAAUUAGUGAAAAUUCCUCAAUACCCCUAAUAGAAGUCCCGAAAAGCAAAAUAAAUGCAGAAAUUUCAAUAAAGGAUUUCAGGUCUUGUGAAGGUCUAGAUUUAAAUGACCGGCAUAAAGUGGUCCCUGUGCUUUUUAGAGGGGUUAAAAACAAGCUAGUUCAGCUAUUUUUUAACCAAAUUGUGCUUAAUAAGACAGAUUAUGAUAUAAAAUUUUCGAGGCUGCUAAUAAAAAACCAUUCCUGUGGGUUUUAUUCCUCAAGAAAAAAACAUUCAAAAAUAAAGCUUGCGAACGGAGGCAGCUGAAGUAAUGAGUUUAAUGAAGAAACUAUUGGGAUUGCUGGUUGUAUUAAGCUGGAAAACACUGAGGAGCUUCCAAAAUCCUUGCAGUUUGGCAUAGCAAUUUCUCAAGCUCCUGCACCUUUGAUAAAAACAAGAGUAAUUUCAUUGGUCCCAAGAUUUAUUGUGUCGAAUUAUUUAGGAUUUAGGAUCCAUUUGAGGCAGUAUAUCAAAAAUGAGUCUGCUUUGUCGACGUUAUUGAUUGAAAAUGGAAAAUCAAUUCCAUAUCAGCUUGAAGACUCUACAAAGUCUGUGGCUGUACAAGUAUUGAACUAAAUGUAAAUCAGGAUUAUUUUAAGUAAUUUAGGAUUAUUUUCUAUAAAAAUAGACAAUUAAAUUGAAUAAUAAUUAUUAAAAUUUAAUAUAUGGUUAUAUCGGAAACUGGAGAACUGUGGUCAGGACCAUUCAGCAUAGAAAAUUUAGAAGAUUUCCAAAUCAGAUUUUUCAGCAUCAGGAAAUAUUCAGACUUUGAGGAAGGAAAAGCCAAAAAAUGGUGGAUUCCAAAUAAAAACAAUAAUUAUAUGCAUUUUGUCAGAGUAGUCAUAGUCAGUGAAGAUGAGGCUACAGUCCAUAUAAAUUUCGUGACUCCAAAAGACCCUGAAUUCUGUAUAUAUAACAACACAAAAGAAAACGCUUCGGUUUGUCAACGUAAAUAUAAACAUUUAUCAAUAGUAAUUCCUCCAUACACAAAAAUUCCUUGGGCUUAUGAUAACCAUUUAAAAGAGGACAAAAAGGUGCUUGUGACUAUAAAUGAUAUUUCUAAAAAAUAUUCAUUAGAAAAGGUUAAAGAAGAUAAGGAUUUAGGGGAAUUUAAGGUUGAUCUAGUUAUUGAAGGAAUAACUAGGCAGUUAAAAUAUAUAUAUGGCAAUAAAUUAAUAUGACAAGAAAUAGCCUAUUAUUUGUAAAAAUAUAGGAAUUAUAUAGGUAUUUAUAUGUGAAAAUUCAUUAUAAUGAAAUAUAAUAGAACCUGAUCAACUUAUUAGCUCUGAAGUAAACAGCGUUCAAGAAAACUCAGUAAAAAAAACUUUUAAAUUUACUGCAAACUUAACUGGAGUCGGGCUAUCAAUUAUCGACGAAAAACCGUCUGAAGUAUUUUACCUUUCCCUAGAACAGAUGAAUUUCAAAAUAAAACGAAUCGAAGAAUUCACCCCUAAAAGAACAGAAAAAACCACCAAGCUAAACUUCAAGCUUGGCCACCUUCAAAUCGACAAUAUGAGCAGCCAUCAUGGAUUUUUCCCCGUCAUUUUUUCCCCAGUCCAAACAAACAAAGACGAAAACGGGAUCAAUAUACCAUUUAUUCAGCUUAAAAUCCAAAAAUUUUCUUCCACAAAACAACGUAAAAAAAUGACAGAAACCUUUGAAAAAAUCACAUGGCUAGAACUGCUUAUCCAAAGCAUGCAGCUUAAAAUCAAUGAAGAAAUGAUCUUUAUUUUACUAAAAAUCCAAGAGAAAAUAGAAAAUAAAAUAAAAAUCAAAGAAAUUAGGGAAAUUAAAGGGAUGGAAUUUAUGAAUAAAUUGUACCCAAAAUUAAGCUGUGAAUGCCCAGUCCUUUCUUAUCAUCCGUCAGGAAUAGAGAGAAAAGCCUGCUUUGAAUUUAUAAGGCUCUGUGCUAUACAAAUAUAUGUGAGUUUUGUGAAAAGUCAUAAAGCAGUUGUACUGGGCGAUCCUGGAAAAGCUUUUGGGUUAAUUGGGAUACUUAAUUCAGUUGGCAGUGCAUUUAUAACUAUUUCUGACUCUCCUUUGGCUUUUAAAGAGCUAAUGCUUGAAUACAGCUUCCAAACUAUCAAUAAUUUGAUGUGAAUAAUCCUAAAAAAUUACCUCAGGCAAGCAAUCACUCAGUUUUACAAAAUUAUUGGGUCUUCUGAUUUAUUAGGAAACCCUAUGGGGCUUAUUGAUAAACUUGGGUCAGGGGUUUUUGAGUUCAUAAAUGAGCCCGCUAAAGGAUUUAUUAAAGGCCCCAAAGCUUUUGCUCAAGGUGUUGGAAAAGGCUUCAAGUCCCUUGUAGGAAAUGCGGUUAUUGGUGGGUUUGGUUCAGUUUCCAAAAUUACAGGGUCUUUAUAGCUUUUUAUGCUAAAUGAAAAUAUUUCUCAUUAAUUUAUCAAUAAAUUUAAUAAUUAUUUACAAAAGAAUAUACAAAGUCGUCAAAGAAGUCAGCGGAGAUCCCAAUGCCCAAAAUUACAAACCUCGAGAAUCCCAAAGUCUUGGCAAAAACAUGUUAGAAGGCUUCAAAGGUGGGGUAAACGAUAUAAAAAAUGGAGUCACAGGAGUUUUCACCAAGCCUUAUCAUGGAGCUAAAGAAGGUGGCACUGGAGGAUUUUUCAAAGGCCUUGGCUCUGGCGUCGUAGGAAUCGUCAUCUCCCCAGUUGCCGCAAUCUUAAAAUUCGGGAACACUUUGACAGGAAGUGUCGCCCAUGCUGCUACUCUCGUGACCAAAGGAAAAGUCCAAACUUUUGGCAGAAGCCGAUUCCCAAGGCACUUUGGGGCCAGAUUUCGGCUGGAGCCUUAUAACCAAGAACUUUCCCAAGCUCAAGAGCUCCUAAGAUCUUUGAAUUUAAGCAAAAAAGAAAAGAUGGUAUAUUAUUUGCAUUUAGACGAAGAAGAAGAUUUAAUUGUGAUACUCACGACUAAGAAUUUCCUGUUUUUAGUUGAAGGAGAAAUCAUUGCGAAGGUAAAAGUUGAAGAAAUUGAUAAAUUGGAGGUGCAUGGAUUUGAUAACCAGUUUCAUUUGUGCAUUGCGACACAUAAGAAAGAAUUCGUGCUGAAAAGUUGGUCGUAUGGGCCUAUAGCAAAAAUGUAUACAGCAAUCACGUCUUUACCGAAUUCUUCACUUUCUAAAGGAAAUAUGGUCACAGUGAAGGUGCCCAAUAGUGUAUGAUAUGAUUAAUGAAGUGUUUUAUAGUGACUCUACCCUCCAGCUCUGAAAGCGGUCUAGGGCUAAGCCCCAAAUACUCUGGGAUUGCUAACUUAUCAUAUUGUCCAUUUCUGAUCUGGCAAAGCCUUACCAGGUAUAAUAAAUAUGUUCUCGAGGGCUACGUGGCAAGGAGGAAUACCCAGGCAAAGAUAUUAUAUUAAUUAUAUGCACAGCUGCCUAUUACUAGCCAUUUCAUGCAUAUUGCCCAAUAAAUAUAGUAGAGCAUGCUUUUAA